GCUGCACUGCAGUUCUGUUGUUCGCUACGUUUCGUGAAUCUCUCGGGGCCUCAUCAAAAAUUGAACGUUGACUCACACUUCCAAGUAUUCAUUGUAGCGAUGCAUCAUACUACUCCAUGGGCCUCGAAGGCAUCCUCUGUGCCAUCGGAUCGCAUUCCAACGUCUAGCAGAACUUCCCCAGCUCCGAAAGGGUCGAAAUCAAAGCAGAAGGAAGCUCCGAAAAGCAAGGAGGUGCGAAGGCUUGAGGAACUCCGGGAUGGGCUCAGGAACCUUCGUGGAAAGGACCCUAAAGGCGGAUGUUUCUGUCAAGCUCGCAUCCACUCCUUGUCUCCGUAUACACCUAUCUGUCGUCAAUGCGGGUUGAUCCUCUGUUUGAUCAAUACGCCUUUCUACGCCUGCCCCCAUUGUGAAACGUCUCUACUCACUUCUGACUCCCGAGAAACCUUGAUAUCUCGUGUCGAAAAUGAGAUAAGCGAAACAUUAUCUCAGGAGGAACAAGAGAGGCAACGCGCUGCAGAAGAAGCUCGUCAAACUGCAGGCGCUUUCCCUACGCUGUCUGGAGCUCCGCCGCGUCCCUCAGACCAGCUCUUGGGUGGUUCGUUGCAGAGCCAUCCCGUGAAUCAACCACACAAAGUACUCUCUCUGAAUACCAAGACAAAGAGAGUCGUAGUCUCGUCUUACAGAACUCGACCUCAGUCGAACAUAUCUGUGGCGAAGAAUGUAGGAGUAGAGGAGCCGGCGGAGCAGCCAGUACUAAGGGUCCCGCCUCCGCCGCCUGAGGUACCGAUUUUCUCAAAGGGAUACAGUCCGGACCGCCCCUGGGCGCGUUUGGAUGGUGAAAGCGCUCUCUAUACGCAGGAUCCUCAGGCGAACAAAACCUCCGUUAAAUCAAGAAGCCGAAAGAAGCAGAAUCCCAAGGACACGGGGCAACCCAGCGGCGCGGGUAAGGAGAAUAGUAAUGAAACGGCUUGAUUGGAAUAUUCUAUUCAGAUCAGAUGGUUCGAUGGGAUGUGUUCACGACCGUGACCGUGUACGAAUAGUUGAUAAUCACACAUGCGAGUUUCUUCAGAACUGUCAUCAGAAGCCUUUUCCUAGCUAUACACCUAGAAUCCCUAAUACACCAUCCAAGAAGAUUUACCAUACUAUACAGGGCACAUAAACCAGCACGUCACUAAAGCCGGUGUCCUCGGUGCUGAGUACCCCUUCGAGGUUCGAGGAUUUGUUGAAGGACCAAUAUUUGUCGGGAUUCCCAACACUGCUGCCGCACGGCACACACCGUACGCCACAAAUAUUAUCUCGCAACUUAUCGGUUCUCGACAUCCUCGAUACCCGUCAUUCUUCUCGCCCUCGAAGGGUCUUGCACUGCACUCCGGAAAAGGAGACUCGUGAACGAAUUGAGCGAGCUUAGCCCGAAGCGACAUCCGCGGACAGAAGAUCGCCACCCUCCAUUUCGAGCUGAAGCAUGUCGACGAGGUGCCGCAACUGCUGUAGCGCCUCGUUAGUCUCCGACAGCUCUUCCCUCGCUAAUCGUAAUUCAUCCUCAAGUUGCUCUAUUCUCUGUUCGAGAUGCUCGCUGGUCGAGCGCUCCGCACCCUCUUCAUCGGCAGGGUCCGCAAUAACAAUAUUGUCUUCAGGCGGCCGUGCGUCCACAUCAACAGCCAGAAGGUUGACCUCGACCUCAGGUGGAGACAUAGGUAGAGGAACCAUCGCAGGAUCUACCUGAUCCCCCACUGUCUCGCCUUGCCGCGAAUGCCAAGAUGCGUCACCCAGUAUCAAAGUUGGCUGGAGGGGAGUGGCCAGUUCCAUCGACUUCUCUGUAUCAUCAUCAUCAUGAUCAACAACAGUGCCAGCCAUUAGCGCACUGGAAGUAGGUUCGAGAGGUGGUGGUACUCGUGGCGGGACAUCACCAUCAAGCAGAUCAAUGAUGCUUGGAACUGUUGCUUGUUCUGUACGUCCUUGUUCGACUUUGGUCCCCGCAAUGAUAUAACAC